GAUCGCGUGGGAUCAAAGCUGAGACGCUCUAUAUAAACCCCCGUCAAAUUCUCUCAAUUCCUCUCUCGAUCAAAACCCUCGCCCCUGUUCAAAGGAAUAAAAAUGGCUCUCCCGAACCAGCAGACUGUGGAUUACCCUAGCUUCAAGCUGGUCAUCGUAGGAGACGGAGGCACAGGGAAGACUACUUUCGUGAAGAGGCAUCUUACUGGAGAAUUUGAGAAGAAAUAUGAACCGACUAUUGGUGUUGAGGUCCAUCCUCUGGAUUUCCAUACUAAUUGUGGAAAGAUUAGGUUUUAUUGCUGGGAUACUGCAGGGCAGGAGAAGUUUGGUGGGCUCAGAGAUGGAUAUUACAUUCAUGGUCAAUGUGCCAUUAUCAUGUUUGAUGUUACUGCACGCCUUACUUAUAAAAAUGUGCCCACAUGGCAUAGGGAUCUCUGCAGGGUCUGUGAGAACAUCCCCAUUGUCCUAUGUGGCAACAAGGUUGAUGUGAAGAACAGGCAGGUUAAGGCAAAGAUGGUCACAUUUCACAGGAAGAAGAAUCUUCAAUACUAUGAGAUCUCUGCCAAGAGCAAUUAUAACUUUGAAAAGCCAUUCCUCUAUUUGGCCAGAAAAAUUGCAGGAGAUCCGAAUAUUCAGUUUGUUGAAUCCCCAGCUCUUGCCCCUCCAGAAGUUCAUAUUGACCUUGAACAACAGCAGAGGUAUGAGCAGGAGAUCGCAGCCGCAGCAGCACAGCCACUUCCAGAUGACGAUGAUGAUGCAUUUGAUAAUUGAAGGACUUUCUAUUCCCCUGCUACAAGACCAUUACAGGCGUUCCAUGUAUUAAAAUACUGUGUUUAGUCGCAUUUUGCGUCUCAAAUGCUUUCUGACGUGGCGAGAAACAUUGCAAUCCAUUAUGAAAUCUUUGUUUAGGACUAUUGUUAGAGCUCGAUUUCGGUUGGUUAUUGGGAAACUUUAUGUUGAGUAACUGUGUCCCUCUUAUUUCUGAAUUACUUUGGAUGUUUGCAAGUGAGAUUAUCCUAUUUUUUCAUGUAGCUGAGUUUGUGAAAGCCGCACACAAGAUUUAUCCUAUUUUUCCA